AUGGCGGACGAACUGGACUAUCUUUAUCCAGACUUUGAUCUCAAUUCUCUCACCGUACCUCGCCUCCGUUCUAUUCUCGUCAACCACGAUGUCCCAUACCCUGCGUCGGCGAAAAAAUCUCAGUUGAUCGGUAUCCUUCAAGAUGAAGUACUCCCACGGGCGCGAAAGCUCUUGCGUGACCGCGAGAGGGUACGCAGAACCAGCGCGGGAAUAACAGACAUGGGCAGUCGUUCAAAUUCAGUGGCCAGCGACGAUGAGAGAGACUCGAUGCCUCCUCCACCUACACCCUCGACAGUCGGUUCCACAAGCAGAGGGCAGCGAGGAACUUCACGGCGCAGUACUCGUCACUCAACUGCGGAUACGGAGGAUGGCCUUGCUCCUGCUACACCUGCCAGGGCCCCAAAGCGCACAAGCGUGGCCCGAUCGGUGGGCAAGCACGUCCGCGCAUCAGACACGGAAACUGGCGAUGAUACACUCGCCACUCCCGUGGCUGCUACGCGUCCUACACCUCGCAAAUCUACCGCCAAGAAGUUGCGUCGCAGCGAGGUUCUCCCUUCAACGGAGACAGACGAACUUACGCCCGGAAUCAAGUCGGAGCCUCGCGAAGAUGGCAUGUUCACGGACGACAACCCUUUCCAGAGUGGAAGUCCGGAAGCACCCAAGAGUACAAGGAAGAGCUACGAUGCCAAGCGCAAGAGUGGCUCGCGCCUUUCCACCGAGAGCCCGGCUAGGGGUCGCCCAUCCAGGUCGCGACUAUCAGCAACACCAUCAAGCCUGCAUCAGGACGAUGGGUAUCAGGCGCCUCAUCGCGAAUCAUUCGACUUCAAAUCUCGACUGUUGCCAACCCGGGAAGAGUCCGUCGAAACCGAACAGUCGGAAGAGUCGGAAGAGGAAGAUGAUGAAAGUGAAGUGGGAGCAGGCGAAGAGUUCACACCGGAUGAACAGCUCGCUAUGUCUAUGGAGCAAGAUCAGUACCCGACGCAGAUUCAGAGACGACGUCCUCACAAGCAGGGGACUCUCAGCCGUCUGGCACCUUGGGUGGUCAUUCUUUCACUCGCUGGCAGCUUUGGUACUUGGUGGCGCAAAGAAAAGCUCGAGAUUGGAUACUGCGGUCUUGGGAAGCCCACAUGGUCUUUGGCUGACACCAAGGUUCCUGAAUGGGCCAAUGUCCUGGAGCCUCGAUGCGAGCCGUGCCCCAGCCAUGCCUUCUGCUACCCGGACUUCGAAGUACGCUGCGAGAACGAUUUCCUUCUGAAGCCUCACCCCCUUGCCCUCGGUGGACUAAUUCCCUUGCCUCCCACAUGUGAGCCUGAUAGUGAAAAGGCGCGCCGCGUGAAGGCCGUCGCCGACAAGGCUGUUGAAGAGCUUCGCGAACGUCGCGCGAAGUGGGAGUGCGGGCAGUUGAAAGAGGAUGGCAAAGACGUUCGCUCUCCUGAUAUCAGCGAGCCCGACCUGAGAGAGGAGGUAGCAAAGAAGCGCCGCAAGGGACUGAGUGACAGUGAAUUUGAUGACCUUUGGAAGGGUGCAAUCGGUGAAGUUGUUGGCAAGGAUGAAGUUGUUAGCAAACCUAAGCAACCUUCCGGCGUCCUCGUCUUAUCUUCCACCUCCAUCGCACGGCUCCCCGUCACAUGCGCCAUCCGCCGUCACUUCCGACUCGCUCUCGUCGCGUAUCGACUCCCUAUUUUCCUUCUAAUCUCAGUCCUUGGUCUGCUUGGGUAUGCCCGCGCGCGUGUACUUGCCCGCCGCUCCGACAUUGCUCGGGUGCCCGAGCUCGUCGCGACAACCCUCGAUCGUCUGUCCACACAGGCCGCACUUUACGCUCGCAGCGAAGCCAAGGAGGCUUACAUCUCCAUUGGACAACUUCGUGACGAUGUCCUCCGAUUCGAGCUUCAAGGGAAGCGCCGCGAGGAGCUCUGGCGACGGGUCUCGCGCUUCGUCGAAGGCAAUGCGAACGUUCGUGCCGCUGUCCGCGAAGGUCGAAGCGGCGAUGUUUCACGGGUCUGGGAGUGGAUUGGUGGAAUCAACGCCAUCAGUGAAUCUGACCACGCUCGCCGCCGUGAGAGUGCUAGGUUCUCUCUUCCUUCUCCGUCUGGGGACAUUGCUACAAGUCCUCACACUCCUGUGGACGAGAGCAAGCACGAGCCACUGUCAAGUCCAAGAGAGUCCCGUCGAUGGGAUGAGGGCCGUCCAAUCUAUUGA